AUGACUGAUAUUAAAGAAGAAGAGUCAGAGGUUGCGUUCCUUGAUAUCUAUAUCAGAUUCAACAAUGAUAUGGAAAAAGAUUAUUGUUUCCAGGUUAAAACCACCACUGUUUUCAAAGAUUUAUACAAGAUUUUCAAAACAUUGCCAUUGUCAUUGCGUCCAAGUGUAUUCUACCAUGCUGAACCUAUUGGGUUUAGAAAAUCCACUUCACCAGGGUACUUGACUGAAGAUGGGAACAUUGUGUUUGAUGACGAUUCUCAAGAUCAAUAUGCUCCUGUUAGUGAUAAUGAUUUGAUUAAUGAAAAAGUCUGGCCGGGCCAGUUGAUUCUUCCAGUUUGGCAAUUCAAUGAAUUUGGAUUCUAUUCAUUUAUCACCUUCUUGUUAGUUUGGUUGUAUACCGAUUUGCCCGAUUUCAUAAGUCCAACUCCAGGGCUUUGUCUUACCAACCAAAUGACCAAGUUAUUAUGCUGGGCAGCAGUGCAAUUUGGCAAACAAGAACUUGCUGAUAUCAUCAUUAAAGAUUUAUACGACCCAGUUAGUGUUGGUGCUCAAAUUGCCUUUUUUGUUUUCCAUGUGGUGAAAAUUUUUUUCAUCUUUGGUAUUUUUUACACUGGUAUUUUCAAUCCUAUCAAAGUUUUCAGAUGGAAGCCAAAGAGUGUCAAAUUGGAUGUCACUAGAGAGGAAUUGAUCAAAUUAGGAUGGACCGGUACAAGAAAGGCCACUAUUGAUGAAUACAAGGAAUACUAUCGUGAAUUCAAGAUCAACCAAUAUGGUGGUAUGAUUCAAGCUCAUCGUGCUGGUUUAUUUGAAACCCUCAAACAUUUGGGUGUUCAAUUAGAAAGCGGUGAAGGUUAUAACACCCCAAUGACUGAAGAGAAUAAAAUGAGAAAAAUGAGUGAAAUUGUUAAGGAAUCCAAGGAACCUGAUUUCAAAGUAAGAUUGAGUUAUGAAUACUUUGCUGAAUUGGGAUACGUAUUUGCCAUGAAUGCUGAAGAUAAAGAAGGUUCUGAAUUGACUGAAUUAAUUAAGCAAUACAGAAGAUACGGUUUAUUGGUCAGUGAUGCAAGAAUCAAAUCAGUAGUUAAAGGAAGAAAAGGUGAAAUUGAAGAAAAACCAGCUCCACAAGUUGAAGAACUAGUUGAAGAAGUAAAGACUGAAGGUGAGAAUACAGAAGUUAAUGAAUAA